AUGGAUCUCUGUGACGAUUGGCAUUUUCGGCCGUUGCAUGCCUGCCCGUACGGGAUGCUCUGUUCGGCGGUGGCCGUUCUCUUCGUUUUGCUGCAUUUCAUCUGUUUCGUUCGCAUCCGGAUCAGUCCCCCGGUGCGCCAGUACAGUGCCGGUUAUUUGCCAUUUCUUUUCGCCGUUUGUUGCUCUCUCUAUGUGGUGCUCAUCUUUGUUCCUGUUCUGUACAUUCUCAUCGAAAAUAUUCGUCUCACUGCUCAAAUUGGUAUUUUUCUCGCGUGUCAUACGGAAUUUUGGCUCAUUUUACUCAUUCUGCGUAUUGCUUCGCGUAACUUUCACCAACAUCCACUUCCACUGGUACUAGCAGAAGCAUUCGCCCUGCUAGCUAUAAUUGUUCCGCUUUUGUUCUGGACACCAUGGAUUGCCGGAAGGUAG